AGUCCAUCCCCAAGUGCCCAGUACGAUGCACUUUGUCUGUCAAUGUUCCUGUUGCACAAGGUUCUUCCUAAGAGGCUGUGAAUGGGAAGAGAACAAAGAGAAGCCGGGAUGGAGAGCUCCAAACAAGUACCUGGCUAGGUUGAGGGAUGGAUGGGAGAGGAAUGGGGAGGUAGAGGAAAGGGAUCUUGGUUAGGACCAAAGGCGAGUCUUUGGGUGUCCUGGCCUGGGACAACCCCUGGACGAAUGGCCUUUCCCUCUGUCAUCUCCAGACUUUCUAAGCUGUUGGAAGCAACGGCCUCCAGCAGAGGGCUUGGCCCAGCCCAUUGGCCUGGGAAGGAAAAGGGGGUUGGUGGGGAGCGGUUUUCAAUGCUCUGAGAGCUGGGAGCUGAUGCCAGAUGCUCGGCUGCAACCAGCCCAGCCGGCCGGCUGCCUCUCCUCCGCUGGGGCACAGGACCUGGGGGCUCCUCUUUUCCCCUUGCCUGGGCCAGCUCCUCUCCCUGACCCGUCACUAUGCUCUGGCUGUGGCUCCUGGUCUUCUUCCUGGCUGCUGUGUCCACGGCUGGGCUCCAGGACAUCCCGGGUAUUCCCCUGCACGCAAGCAGGCGCCUCACCACCGUACAGGAAGAACGGGCACGGACCAAGAGGGGCACGGAGGAUGAUGAAUCCAAGGGGGUACAGCAGUACAUGCCUGAACAGUGGGCUGAAUAUCCUCGGCCCAUCCACCCUGCUGGCCUCCAGCCCAACAAGACCCUGGUCCCUACAAGCCCCAACCCGGGCCAGGAGGGGGGCACCCAAGGAAGCGGGCAGGAGCCCUACAGCAAUCUGACGGGCACCCCAGGACGGAGGCUGCAGAUUCAGAAUCCCCUCUAUCCAGUGACCGAGAGCUCAUACAGUGCCUAUGCUGUCAUGUUCUUGGCCCUGGUGGUGUUUGCUGUGGGCAUCGUGGGCAACCUGUCAGUCAUGUGCAUCGUGUGGCACAGCUACUACCUGAAGAGUGCCUGGAAUUCCAUCCUUGCCAGCCUUGCUCUCUGGGACUUCCUGGUCCUCUUUUUUUGCCUGCCUGUUGUCAUCUUCAAUGAGAUCACCAAGCAAAGGCUGCUGGGUGACGUCUCUUGCCGGGCUGUGCCCUUCAUGGAGGUGUCCUCCCUGGGAGUCACCACCUUCAGCCUCUGUGCCCUGGGCAUCGACCGUUUUCACGCAGCCACCAGUCCCCUGCCCAAAGCCCGACCCAUCGAGCAGUGCCAGUCGAUCGUGGCCAAGCUGGCGGUCAUCUGGGUGGGCUCCAUGACGCUGGCCGUGCCCGAGGUGUUGCUGUGGCAGCUGGCCCGGGAGCCCUCGCUCACAACAGGUGCCACAGUGGACUCGUGCAUCAUGAAGCCCUCUCCCGGGCUGCCCGAGUCCCUGUACUCCCUGGUGAUGACGUACCAGAAUGCCCGCAUGUGGUGGUAUUUUGGCUGCUACUUCUGCCUGCCCAUCCUUUUCACGGUCACCUGUCAGUUGGUGACCAGGCGGAUCCGGGGCACGCCGGGGAAGAAGCCGGACUGCCGGGCGGCCAAACACGGGCAGUGUGAGAAACAGCUGAACAGCACCGUGGUGAGCCUGACCGUGGUGUACGGCCUUUGCACCCUGCCCGAAAACGUCUGCAACAUCGUGGUGGCUUAUCUCUCCACGGAGUUAUCCCGCCAGACCCUGGACCUGCUCAGCCUCAUCAAUCAGUUCUCCAUUUUCUUCAAAGGCUCCGUGACCCCGGUUCUCCUCCUGUGUCUCUGUAAGCCCUUGGGCCAGGCCUUCCUGGACUGCUGCUGCUGCUGCUGUGAUGAGUGUGGGGCUGAUGAAGCCGCCUCCGCUGAGGGCUCGGACAGCAAGCUCAAGACGGAGAUGUCCUCCUCCAUCUACUUCCACAAGCCCAGGGAGUCACCCCCUCUCCUGGCACUGGGCACUCCCUGCUGAGUCCUGGAGGGAGCUGGGGGCGGGUGGUGGGCAGUGGGACGCUCCAGACCAGACGGCCUUCAGCUGGUCUUCCCAUCUUGCCAUCUGAAGAUGGACUUCAUCCUUUAGAGGUUUGGGGAUCUCAAAGACCUUUCCCCAGCUGUGGCUCCUCUCCUGGCCAGUCCCUCCCCCAUCCUGCCCCAGGGUGGAGGCGGCAUUCAGCCUGCCCUUUGGGUUGGUGCCCCUAGUCCCUUAGCCUGACCCUUAGGCUCCCAGCGGCACCCAGCAGAAGCCGGAGUCCCCCCUGCUGGCCCCAUCCCAGUUCCGCAUCCCCGCUUCCCUGCCUUCAGGCUCCACCUCUGCCCCUAGAUCUGUAGCCCUACUUCCUCCUUUGUGCUCUCUGGGUCAGAACAUCCGUUCACCCCUCCUUGGGUCCCCUCCAUUCAGAGAAAAAGGAGCUAGGGCAGGCCUGACCCAGAGCUUUCCAAACACUGGAUGCCCCUUCCCCUUUCUUGUCCCUUCUCCUCCUAGGAUCCCCCUGCCAAAUUCUCCCCUGUAGAAGAAUCUGCCUGAGAAACCAAUAAACUAGUUAGAACUA